GUGUCUCACCAGCGGUCACACUCCAGUAGGCAAGCAGCCUCACAGCACAUUCUGACCAUCACACACAGGCUUGGAGAGAGAGGGAGAGAGCGAGAGAGACCGAAUCAGCACCUCACACACAUUGCCAGAACCUGCUCGCUCCAGGGUGAGGAAUUCUUUACUUAAAGAAAUUUGAAUUACUCAACCAGCAUUACUAUCUAUCCUCUCUCUCUGACAUGGAGCUCCACCGCCUCCGACACCACCACAGCCACCGGACUGACGACAAGCUCCAGAUGCUGAACCUCAACCAACGCCUGGAGACCUACCUGGGCCGAGUGAGGCUGCUGGAGGAGGAGAACAAGCUACUAUGCCAGGAGAUCCAGGCCCUGAGGGGCAGCGGCCAGGGGGGGCGGAUGGGCCUGGAGGACAAGCUGAGCCUGGCCAGGCAAGAGGUAGAGGAAGUCUGGAGGGAGAAGGAUCGGGUGGAGCUGGAGCUAGGGAGCCUGGGUGAAGAGCUCCACGUCCUGGGGCUGCAGAGACAGUGGGAGGCGGACGCCCAUGGGGAGGUGAAGAAGAAGCUGGCAGACAGCAGGAAGCAGAUGGAGGAGGAGAGGAGGGCUCAGAUCUGGUUAGGAGAGAAGGUGAGCCAGCUAGAGAAACAAAUCCAGUUCCAGAUAAAAACCCACCAGGAAGAUGUGGCCGGCUUCCAGGCUACACUAAUCCAUGUCAGACCUGCACUGCCACCCCCUCCACCCCAAACGGGCACCCAGCUGCCCAGCCUCCAGGAGCUGGGUGAGGAGUACUCCCAGAUGGCUGUCAGGGCGUGGCAUGAGGCGGCCAUGGUGUUUCAGGGCCAGGUGGACAGCCUGGACGAGUCUCUAAACCAGGCCAGAAACCGGUUGGCCCAGGUGGGCCAGGAGAAGAAUGAGAGCCAACUGAAACUUCAUGCCCUGGAGAAUGAGCUGCAAUCAGCCCAGGAUAGAAGGCAGUGUCUGGAGAGGAGUGUGGCCAAACAGAGAGACAUGCAGAGGCAAGAGAUACAAAACCUGCAGGCCCAUCUGGACGUGUUGGAGAUGGAGAAGGGGGCGCUGGGAAAUCAGAUUGACACUCUCCUGACAGAAAGUAGGGGUCUGCUGCAGCUGAAGACGUCUCUGGGCAUGGAGGUGGCCACAUACAGAGCUUUACUGGACAAUGAAAGUCUGAAGGGGGAUUUCUCUUCAACAAAUCAGCUAAGGAGUACCUACAUCUCUGAUGGAGUGCCCAGCUCCCGAGGGGUUAAGCAAAGCUUCCAGACACAGCUGGCUACCAGUCACAUGAUCAGGCCCAUCUCUACCAUCCAUAGAGCAAGCCCACGAUCCAAUGUGACAAUGAUGUCCGCAUCACCAAUCUGGACUCAAAAUCGGGUAACCCUGAAUGAAACACCUGAGAGUUGUCGAAAGACAGGAGACUUUGGCGUAGGGUCCAACCACCAGGUAAGUUGUUCAACGCCUUCCCCCAAAGUACCACAGGACGGAAUUUCAGUCCACCCCUUCAGUCCCCAAGAUGUCCAUAAAGAAGUCAACUAUGCUGAGCCUCUCUCACCUCCCACUGAAGAGGCAGGAGCUGAUGUUGUAUCUUGGCUUGGAUCUGACCACAAGGAACAAUCCAUGUGGGAUUUGGAAAAGGAGGAAGAGGAUCAGAACAUAGUCAGAACCUGGUUUGCUGAAGAGAAACCCGUUCUGGAAUCUGCCAUGAGUCACCGGGUCGAGACCAGCUUCAGUAUGCCAACUGUGUUCAGCACUGAUGCUCAAGAGCUCUACAGCCCUUCAGUGAGCUAUGAGAGAGCAGGUUCGGUGACAGGGGCACAUUCUGCUUUCUCAGCGAAUGAUGAUAAUGAUGUACCUUUUGAAAUGUCUUUUGAAAAAGAGGAACCUCUACUAGAUCUGCCUUAUGGUCCCAUGAAUGCAUCGGAGGAAAGAGAUCUUGAAACAGCAAAGAAAGAUGCUGAAUGGGCGGGAAACGAAGGCUUGGAAUCUGAAACUGCAUCAGUGCUAGAACAAGCAUUUGAGACCUUCACAAGCAGUCAAGCUUUUGAGUAUGGGGCGGGGAAAAGUUACAACAAGCCAAUAGAGUUCAACCAAGAGGACAAUAUGUCAUAUGAAUCCACUCAAGCCUCCCACGGUUCAGAAGAGGCAUUUCGCCAUAUUAAAAUACUGGAGGAAGAUGUUAUUCAUCUCCCAAAAGAGGAUGAAAAUGAUAUGUCUAACAAACAUGAGGAGCAAUUGGAAGAUGAAUUGCACCCCUAUGGGUAUGGUAAGGAGGAUCGUGAAAGAUUGGGAGGAUUCAUUAAGGAAAAUGAUAUGACAGAAAGAAUCGAUAAGUUCAACCAAGAGGAGAUGAUCUCAUAUGAAUCUGCUCAAGCUUCUCACUGGUCAGAAGAGGUAUUUCACCAUGUUGAAAGAGUGGAGGAAGGUGACAUAAAUUUCACAAAAGUGGAUGAUGAAAAUGAUAUGUCUAACAAACGUGAGGAACAACAUGCACUGAACCCCAAUGGGGAGGUAAAGGAUGAAUGGGAUAGAGUGGGAGGGUACAAUGAAGAGAAUGGAAUUGGAGAAAGAAUGGAUGAUUGGAAAGAAGCAAAGUAUCAUGUGAAAGAGGAAGAGAUGUGGAAUAACAGAGAAACCCAACCCAAUCGGUCUGAUCAAAAGUAUAUACCUUCAAAUGAAGAGAAACAAAAUCAAUUCGAGCAAGAGCAAAUACCUUCAGGCGGAGAGAAACUGAAUCAAUCUGAGCAAAGGUAUAUCAAUUCAAACGGAGAGAAACUGAAUCAAUCUGAGCAAGAGCAUACACCUUCAGGCGGAGAGAAACUGAAUCAAUCUGAGCAAGAGCAUAUACCUUCAGGCGGAACUGAACAUAUCCGACAAUGACAAAGA